CUCACGUGAUUCUCCACGUGACCACCUUCUCCGUUCGGGCGCUUGCAGGAUGGCGGCGGCGGCGGCAGCGGCGGUCCGGGGUCGGCGUUUCAAGUGGUCGCUGGAGCUGGCGGCGUCACCCGGCGGGCGGCCCCGCGGAGCCGCCGAGGGCCGCGGGCCGCUGGGGUUCGCCGAGCGGCAACUGGGGGAAGGCAGCGUCCACGAGAGCGACAAAAUCCUGAUGGAGAAGCGCUGCUGGGACGUAGCCCUGGCACCACUGAAGCAGAUCCCCAUGAACCUCUUCAUCAUGUAUAUGGCCGGCAACACCAUAUCGAUUUUCCCUGCCAUGAUGGUCUGCAUGAUGGGCUGGCGUCCACUGCAGGCUCUCAUGUCCCUCUCCGCCAGUCCCCCCCACAGCACUGAAGGCACUGGAGAGCUCAAGCCGACGGGCACUGCAGGGACUGGUGUUCCUCGUGGGCAAUGGGCUGGGGCUGGCGCUGGCCCUCUACAAGUGCCAGGCUAUGGGGCUGCUGCCCACCCGCCCCUCUGACUGGCUGGCCUUCGUUGCCCCCCCACAGCGGAUGGAGUUCACUGGGGGUGGCCUGAUCUUGUGACCCAUUGCAUCCACCCACCAAUAAAGGCAAUGGCAGAA